ACGGGAGACAGGGUCCUACAACAUAAAUGCGUGUGGUUCAAUGUAGACGCCGGUGCCAAAGUCUAACAGCCCGUUCUGCGGUUUCUUAUUUUUAUUUAAAAAAAUAAUCGUGGCAAUUUCAAUAAAAAAAACAUUGAGUGCUACGAUAUAUUUUAAAAACGUGGCCUACACAACGUUUUGUCUAGAGCUGGGGCUGUUAUUACAAUGACGACUCAUCGAAAUGCAGCACUAGACCCGCGUCACUUCGUAAUAAUCAAACCGCUUCCGAUUCUUAAACCGUCAGGAGAAAUGCGCCAGGCCCGGAGCAGAACGGUGUGGUCCGCCUGUCAGCCGACCAGGGAGCAGGUGUUCUGGGAUAACUAUCACCGACGACAGUGGCAGCUGAGCCGGCAGGGCUAUAGAGCAGCCCCCUGGAGACCCUAUGAGGAGGUCGGACAACCGCUGUACCUUGAAACCAAGAGACUCAUACUAGAAUCACUGGGACAACCUGUGGAAGAGGCUUCAAAGGCUGAUCCCUUACCAGAAGAGGAUGUGCCUGUUUGCACCACUCCAUCAGAUUCCCCAGGAGCAAACAAGAGCUUGCCAUUUCGUUGCCCCCAGGCAGGGAAGAGAGAGGAUGCAGUAUCUCUUAGGAAGCAUCUGGGACAUACCAGCCGUUUGGUGUCAGCGGUCAGACAGGGCCGGGGUUACUUCCACCUCCUCCAGAAGAAGGAGAAGGAACAGGAGGAGGCGCAGCAGAGGGAGCAGAAGAGGAAAGAAGAGUGGCAGCGUGUCCAGCCCCGACCUCCCUGCUCAGAGUCUGACUCUGACAGCGACCCAGGGAGGAAGAAGGCCCAGUCAGCUCGACCUUUCACCCCCAUCCACUGCUCCCUGACUUCCCCUCAGGCCUCUGAGCCACCACAAGGGCCCAUAUUCCGCCAGCUGUGCUGUCUGAACUGGUUGCUGGAGGCCCUGACUCUGGACAGGACCGGGAGAGCUGGACCAGUCACGUCCUGCUGGGAUCUCAAGGACCCUGGCCAAGGAAAAACCACCCUAAAGACCCUGAAUAAAGAGAGAGCCAUAGAGACCAAAUGGGACCAGUUUGUGUCUCUGCAAAAGCCACGUAGAACAGGCUCCAGGCCCUCCCGCUCCUCCUCUGGUCGUCUGUACCUGUUGAAGGGGUCCUCCCUGAGCGUAGCCUCCUCCUCAGCCCUCACCACCCCUACCCUUCUGGGCAGCCUGUCCUCCCUGGGCCCUGGGAUAGAAGACACUGGAGCUACAUUAACUGGAGCUAUAGUGACUGCCACUGGAGCCAGCCAGGAUAGUGCGGAGCAACCAGGAGCAGGAGGGGACUCCGAGACAGAGCUGCCCAUGUCAGAGUACCUUCAGAAGCUGCUGGAUGAAGUCCACCAGAGUGUCACCAAAGACUUCGGUGAUCCAGAGCAGAUUCAUGGCGACGGCACUUUGACUGUCGGAUACCGGCCACCUACCCAACCCACCCCUCAGAGAGAGGACAACACAACACGCCCCAAGACCAAAGACACACCAAGACCCAAAAGUUGUCCUGCCAAGCCUCUGUCAGCCACCAGUGAGUUGAUCAGCAGUAAGAGGUCCAUGCUGUGGGAUAUGAGGACAGCCUAUGAGGAGAGAGCAGAGGAGCUGGCCCAGAUCUUCAGUGACAGUCUGGACCACAAUGCCAGGAAGAGGCUUGAGAGUGGCAUCCAGAGGUUCCAAGCCCUGUGUCAUGUGACCCACUCUCACCUCAUCCCUCGUCAUGUGACCCCACGGGUCACCGGCAUGAAACCCCCAGAGACAGACUGCAGCAACAACAACAUGUGGCUGUCCUCUCUACUGAGCAAUCUCCCUCCAGAGGUGUCUCAGGACAGAGGGGUGAGCCGAGUUCUGGAGAAACUCAGCCGCUUCGCAGAUGAGCGGACCCCCAAGGUGCGACCCCAUGUCUUCCUGAAGAUGUUGGGGGGUCUACAGCCCUGGGAGCUCUGCCUACCUGACCUCUGUGUUGCCAUUGAGCCAGGGAGCAUGUUGUCCAGAUGUCCAGAGAGGACUAUGACUCGUGGCUCCUCUCCAGGGUCACUCUUCCACAGCAGCAGGACCACUAACCCAAAAAUGUGACGACCAAAAAAUACACGCGCACGCAAAUAUGCUCACACAUUUAAAUACACACCCACAGACACCACACACACCACCCGUUCUGCCAUUCACCUUCUGUUAAAGGUCCCCAAAGCACACACAUCCCUGGGUCGCUCCUCUUUUCAGUUCGCUGCAGCUAGCGACUGGAACGAGCUGCAAAAAUCACUCUAACUGGACUGUUUUAUUUCUUAAUUCGAAGACUCAAUGAUGGACACUCGUAUUGACGGUUGUGGCUGCUUCGCGUGAAUUAUUGUUGUCUCUACCGUCUUGCCCUUUGUGCUGUUGUCUAUGCCCAAUCAUGUUUGUACCAUGUUUUGUGCUGCUACCAUGUUGUGCUGCUCCCAUGUUGUUU